UUAUAUCCUCACAUCUCUGCCAAUUCUUUUGGACUAGCCUAGGGUGCUGGAAUUAUCUCUCAAUUUGGAAAGCCAUGGAGCAGCAGCAAGAAGAUCAAGAGCUUCCAAAUGGAAGCUUUGAAACCACUGAUGCCAAGAAGGAGGCUCCAAUUCCAGUAACUGCAAAACUGGUCAUGGAUGUACAAGAAUGCUCUCAAGAUGAUGAUCAAUCUCCCAUCGAGGAAGUCCGCCUCACAGUUCCCACCACCGAUGACACUUCACUUCCGGCUCUAACUUUCAGGACCUGGACUCUUGGGAUCCUCUCCUGCUUGAUCCUCUCUUUCAUCAACAUGUUCUUCUCUUACAGGAGGCAGCAGCUGAGCGUGAGUGGCUUGACAGCACAAAUUGUCACUCUUCCACUGGGGAAGCUCAUGGCUGCCACGCUUCCCACUCAAAAGAUCCUGGUCCCAGGCUUGAAUUGGGGCUUUUCUCUGAAUCCCGGGCCUUUCAACGUCAAGGAGCAUGUGUUAAUCACCAUCUUUGCAAAUGCUGGGGCGGGGGGAGCGUAUGCAGUUCAUAUUGUCACAAGUCUCAAGGCGUUUUACAACAGGCAGGAUUUUCCAUUCUUUGUUGGACUGCUGGUGACACUCACCACGCAAAUUGUGGGCUUCGGUUUUGCCGGAAUGUUCAGAAAGUUCCUUGUCGAGCCCGCACACAUGUGGUGGCCCCAAAAUCUCGUCCAGGUCUCAUUAUUCAGGACUUUACACGAGCCAGAAAAGAGGGUCAAAGGUGGUCUGACCAGGAUCAAUUUCUUUACCAUUGUCUUCCUCACCAGCUUUGCAUACUAUUUGCUCCCGGGUUAUCUCUUUGCAACGCUAUCCUCUAUUUCAUGGGUAUGCUACAUAUGGCCAAAGUCCAUUAUUGCUCACCAAUUAGGGUCUGGGUUGGCGGGCUAUGGACUUGGAGCCAUUGGUCUUGACUGGUCAACAGUAGCGGGAUUCCUGGGCAGUCCGCUGGCAUCCCCAUUUUUUGCUAUCGCCAACACUAUGGUGGGAUUUAUCGUCACCCUCUAUGUUCUUGCCCCCGUGGCAUAUUGGGGCUAUGACAUGUAUGGGGCAAAGAAAUUCCCCCUUCUCUCCCUCCAGCUGUUUGACUCGGAUGGCCAGGUGUACAAUCGGACACGUAUCACCACCUCGGCCUUUGAUCUGGACACGGUGGCAUAUAACAACUACAGUCGCCUCCACAUCAGCACCAUCUUUGUCUUCACGUACGGCAUUAGCUUUGCCAUGCUGACGGCCAGCGUGACGCACGCCAUCCUCUUCCACGGAAAGACGAUAUGGAGGACGCUCCGGGCGAUGGAGGACGCGCGCCCCGACAUCCAUGCCAAGCUGAUGAGGAAGUACAAGCGAGUGCCGACGUGGUGGUAUGGCUCGCUGCUGGUGAUGACGAUCGCGCUGUCGGUGAUUGCGUGCGAGGUCUACAACAACGAUUUGCAGCUCAGAUGGUGGGGGGUCCUCUUUUCGGUCGGAUUGUCGUUCCUCUUCUGCCUUCCAAUCGGUGUCCUGCUGGCCACCACGAAUCAGUCUCCGGGCCUCAAUGUCAUCUCCGAGUACCUCAUCGGCUACAUUUAUCCUAACAAGCCGAUCGCUAACGUGCUCUUCAAGACCUAUGGCACGAUCACGGUCUACCAGACGACGUCCUUGCUCAGUGACUUUAAGAUCGGGCACUACAUGAAAAUCCCGCCAAGGUCCAUGUUCAUAGCACAGAUCGUUGGAACAAUGCUGGCAUCCAUGACGUAUCUGGGCACGGCAUGGUGGCUGCUGGAGACCGUCCCAAACAUUUGCAAUCGCCACAUCAAAGGGAACGUGUGGACUUGCCCGGGCGACACCAUCUUCUACGACGCUUCAGUGAUCUGGGGGCUCAUUGGUCCACAGCGAAUUUUUGGCGACCUUGGUCUCUACAAGUCCCUCAACUGGUGCUUCCUCUUGGGCGCCAUAGCUCCAGUAAUCCACUGGGUGCUCACCAAAGUCUUCCCCACUGUGGAGUGGCUCAAGUACGUCGUGGUUCCGGUUCUCAUCGGCGGCGCCGGCGCCAUGCCUUACGCGACGGCCGUGAAUUACUGGAGCUGGUUCGUGGUGGGCUUCUUCUUCAAUUACUUCAUCUUUAGAACGAGGAAGAAAUGGUGGCAACGGCACAACUACAUCCUCUCGGCAGCUCUCGACGCAGGCGUGGCUUUCAUGGGAGUUUUCAUCUACGCAUUCCUCAGCAUCAACAGCAAGAAAGUAACUUGGUGGGGGAAUGUGCAGCUCGACGAUCAGUGUCCUCUGGCAACUUGUCCGACAGCUCCUGGGAUCAAGGUCGAUGGCUGCCCAGUCCAUUGAAGAACAAAAAUCAAGCCGAAAACUGGUAAGAUGACCGUGAAUGACUGAUUACUAAACUAAACAGCCCGCGACUCCAGCAAGAAAAACGAUCACAUUAUUCAUGCCGAAGGAGAAAACGAAGGGAGAAACACUCACCUCGGCUAUCCGCGGAAAAAAACUAAAGAAAAAAAGAGUUCUCUCCGUCU